GUCAGAAUAUAUCUAAAAUAUAUACCACACACCCAUCAGAACAAACCAAAAAUGGCCAACAAGGGUCGCUUUAUAGACCGAAGUCCCGACCUGCGGGUGGCGGGCAUAUCGUCCUACAAGGAUCCCAACUUCAACGCUGGAGUCAAGGACUGUUUGCCGUCUUUGGAUACCGACGAACAAGCAGAGAACCUGAUAAGAGCCCACUGCCGGAGGAGUAAGCCCAAGCCCACUGGCAAACGUUCGCCCAGGAUUCCGGGCAACUCCAUUGGAGAGCUUCUGAGCUUCGAGCUGAACAAGAGCCUGAUGACGCUGCUCCAGGAGAAGUGCCGGGAGAAUCUGUUCAAGAAAAAGAUAGGACUGGGCGAGGCAAUGGAGACCAAAUCGAAACCGGAUGAUGUGACCAAUCUGAGCCGGACCUUUGGAGAUGCCAAUCCGCAGGAAGGUGCCCUCUAUGACCUUUUGAUGCCGCGGAAGACCGCCGAGCAAGUGAAUCGGGAGUACGCCGAGUUCCAUCAGAAGCACAUCGUUAGCCACAACCACUACUUCCCAGCCGAGCAGAUCAAUCGUGGAUACAACAAGGAGUUCAAUAGGUUCCGGGCCUUUGGCAUUCCCAGUAACUCGGAUCGCAGUGGCAUCAAGAUGAAGAAUUGCCUGAAGGAGGGCGAGGAGCACUUGCUGAUUGUGAAGAAGCCAGUGGUGGACUUGGAGGAUCGCACCAAAGCUCCUCUGGGCAAGAAGUUUGCAUGGUAUCCUUAUGUCAUCCCGGAGAACAUCACCUUUGGUCUGGUGAAGCGCAACGAGGUCGACAUGAGAUCCCUGCUGGAGAACACCUGGCCCUCGGAGAAAUCCGAAAAGUUAUCCGAAGCCAUUAGCCACAUGAACACAUUGCGAGACUUUCUACAGCGACAGGAUGACAUCACCAUUAACCACAUCCUUACGGUGUUGCGGAACAAGGAUAAGGAAUCCACGGGACUACUGCCACUGCCGGAGAUCAUAACCCUCUUGAGAAAAAUGCACAUCCCGGCUGAUUCGGAUAAGAUACGGACGGCCACCUCGCACUACCAACUGAUCGUGGACGAGGGCUGCUGUUCCGAGGCCGUCAAAUACGAGGAUCUGGUCCAGCUCCUUUCCAUCUUGGUGCCCCUGCCGCUGGUGGGUUCCAUUUCUCCCCUGCCGGAUGCAGUCUACAACAAGGACACCACCUACCGGCUGCUGUGCGCGGAUCUGGGCAAGGAACCCAACAAGGAUCGCAACAUGAGCUUUCCGCACAAGUCCGCGGUGCAGAAGGACAUGGACAACACCCAUGUCAAUGACAUCAUUAAUCCGGAUAUAAGCACUCUGCGUGGAUUGUGGCCCAGUGACUUCAAACAGCCACGCUCCCGAGAGGAAGUGGGUCGCAUAUUCUGCGACAUCCUUCCCAAGGACACCUUCGAUGCCAUGUGGGAGUGUCUAACCAGCGAGCACAAGGAUCAAAAUAAUAUGGUGUCCGUAGCCCAGUUUCGUGAGGAAAUGAAGAAGAGGUCCUUGGGCUAGAG